UUCAAGGCGGUACACUCGUGCGUUGUUGAGAACUGUCAACAUUGCUGAGACAAUAUUCCCAUUACUACUAAAAACACUUUUGGAGCCUUUGCUAAUCUCUAUAGCUUUUACACACCAUCUUUUUAUUAUCUUUGGAAACUACAGCUACACCUUCAGCCAAUAUGAAGGUUGUCGGACCUACCUGCGCACUGAAGAGUAAGGUUGGCGGCGAGGACAUGGUGCGGUGCCUCGCGGACCAGAGCCUGUCCAUCUCCAAAUGCAAGAUCCCACUGCUGGACGAGCAGAUGACUGUCUUUCUGCAAGACAUGAACAGCUGCUACAGCAAGCUGAAGGAGCUGGUACCUACUCUGCCCACCAACAAGAAGGCCAGCAAGGUGGAGAUCCUCCAGCACGUCAUUGACUACAUCUGGGACCUGCAGGUCGAGCUGGAUGAACCGGAGAAGAGUCGUCAGCAGAGCAGCGUGCCCCGCACACCUCUGACCACCCUGAAUGCAGAGCUGGCAAGCAUCACUGUCGAGAAUGGAUGCUCGGAUGACAGAAUCAUGUGCCGCUAGACCUCUCGGAGCAUCGCCCCUUGUAUCGUUCCAGAGCGAGCACCACGAAGAAAGAACAAGGUUACAUUAUGUGACAUUCGAUCACAAACAAACCUUGAGCCAAGUAGGGAAGUUGCAAACUCCCAUGCUAGAAAAUACUUUUGAUGGACAUUCUCAAGAAGAGGGGAACUGUCACUCAAGGCAUUCGAUCCAUCCCGAGAUCUCUGAUCUCAUGGAGACUAGUGGGUCGUAAUAGACUGUGUUAGUCAUGGGACCAUGGCAGUUACUGCAAACAGCUUCGCCUGUUGUUGUGUUGACUUUCUCAAGAAAGACAACGUUUCUCUUACGUUUUGUAAAACAUGUAUGAAAUUCAAAAUUUUGUAAAAUAAAAUGUAUUCAUUUUCUCAGUAUCCUGAGCGACAAAAUGUAUUGUAUAUUACAAUGCCACACUAUGUGAAAAAUAUUGUUUGUUUUUUUACAAUGUACCUUCAUGGUGUUUUUAUUAAAAUAAGGCAAUUAUUUUAAACAUGG